UGAGACCGCCCUGCAGGACUGCCCCAACUUCGGCUGGGGCAAUCAUUUCUGUGGCCAUGAGUGGGAUGUGGGAGUGAUCUGCACAGAGGCGCUGGAGCUGCGGCUGGUGGACGGCAGGGGACCCUGUGAGGGGAGAGUGGAGAUGAAGCUGCGGGGACGCUGGGGCACAAUUGCUGAUGAUGUCUGGGAGAUGGAUGAUGCUGAGGUGGUGUGCCAGCAGCUGGGCUGUGGCUCGGCUGCUGGUGCCUACUCUGCCUCCCGAUUUCGGCUAGUAGAUAGUCCCAUCAUGUUGGCCAUUGUCGACUGCCGUGGAGAUGAGGCUGCCAUCUGGGACUGUAACAUUCAGGGUUGGGGUCCCUACAAUGGCCCUCAUGAUUAUGACACUGCUGUGGUCUGCCAAGGGUUCUCCCGGCUGGCCAGAGGGGACGGCACCUGCUCGGGGCGGCUGGAGGUGCGGCAGGGCCGCGCCUGGGUCAGCGUCUGCCAUGGCCAUGUGGACCACAUGGCCGCCCAGGUCAUCUGCAGGGAGCUGGGCUGCGGUACAGCACUGGCCCUACCCGGGGCUGGGCAUUUUGGAGCAGCAGCCGGGCCAUUCUGGGAUGGUGCCUUCGAGUGCAAUGGAACUGAGCUCCUCCUGUCAGCAUGCACACAGAAGCCUCCCCACAUCCUGAACUGCACUCAACCUGCUGCCAUCAUCUGCUCUCAACCCUCUCUCUGCUGCAGCCUACACUGGGUUCCAAUUAGCGGACGGAGGUUCAGACUGCGCCGGGCGGGUGGAGGCAGAGGCACAAGGGGUGUGGAGGCCCCUGUGUGCCACUGCCUUGGACCUGCCUGACGCCCACAUCCUGUGCUACCACCUGGGCUGUGGCUCCGCUGUCUCCCUGCCCCCACCAGGCCAAUUUGGGACAGGGACAGGGGCACUGCUCCACGAUGCCCUCAGCUGCAGCGGGAGCGAGCGGCACCCAGGCGAGUGCCCCGUGGAGGUGCUGGGGCAGCCUGCUUGCCCCCCCGGGCACACCGCUGCCAUCAACUGCUCAGGUCAGUGUGGGGGCCGUGAGGAUGCCUAGCAGGUGGGGAGCACUCCCCGUCCCCACAGCACAACCAGGCUUUUGCAGGCAUCGCCGAGUCUCUGCAGCUCCAUGGUGGGGAGAGCCGGUGUGAUGGACGGCUGGAGGUGGCCAUGCACACCGGUGUCUGGGCCCGUGUGUCUGUGGGGCUGUGGGACAAUGGCACUGCCACCGUGGCGUGCCAGCAGCUGGGCUGUGGUGUGCCUGAGAAAAUCUAUGCUGUGCCGGCCACCAGAUCAGGCCCCAUGGAGCUGCAGGAGCUGCGGUGUGUUGGCACGGAGGAGCUCCUGGCACAGUGUAAUGCCUCACGGAUGGCCACCGAGCCCAGCCACAACCCCGAGGAGCUGGCUAUUGCCUGCUCAGGUGAGUGCACUGGGAAGUGCCGUGGGCAUCACGCUGCCAUCCCCAGCCCCAGCCCAAACCUCCCAUGCAGGCAGCCGGCAGCUGAGGCUGUCAGGAGGCCCCGGGCGCUGCGCCGGCAGGGUGGAGGUGUACAGCGAGGGCACCUGGGGCACCAUCUGCCAGGACACCUGGACCCUGCUGGAUGCCACCGUCAUCUGCCGCCAGCUGGGCUGUGGAUGGGCCCUGGAGGCACCCGGCUCUGAGCGCUUUGGGCCUGGCACUGGGACAUUGUGGUCAGGAGCUGGGGGCUGCUCUGGGAUGGAGGAUGCUCUCUGGCACUGCCCGGCCCCUCCGCAGCGUGGCUGCCAGCAUGGCGGUGGUGCAGGCGCCGUGUGCUCAGGGCUGCUGGACCUGCGGCUGACGGGGGAAAGCAGCAGAUGCAGAGGGCACCUGGAGGUGCUGCAUGAGGGGACGUGGGGUCGUGUUUGCGCCAAUGGCACCAGCCCCGCCACGGCCACAGCUGUUUGCCGCCAUUUGGGA